CAUCCACUCAACCCAACCCAAGCUGGCUGGCAAAACCCUAGAACUCGUUCCCCCCCUUUCGCCUUAAACCUUCUUCUCUUUUAGUACCCUCGGGAAGCCAAAAGCACCUCGUCGGCGGCGGCGGCGGGUGGUGGCCAUGGCGGAGCUGAAGCGGCUGUCGGAGAGCCGCGACCUGACGCGGAUCGAGCGCAUCGGGGCGCACUCCCACAUCCGGGGGCUGGGGCUGGACUCCUCGCUGGAGGCCCGCGGCUCGUCGGAGGGGAUGGUCGGGCAGCUCCCCGCGCGGCGCGCCGCGGGGCUCAUCCUGCAGCUCAUCCGCCAGGGGAAGAUCGCCGGCCGCGCCGUGCUCCUCGCCGGCCAGCCCGGGACCGGGAAGACCGCCCUCGCCAUGGGCAUCGCCAAGUCCCUCGGCGCCGAGACGCCCUUCGCCUCCGUCGCCGCGUCCGAGCUCUUCUCCCUCGACCUCUCCAAGACCGAGGCGCUCACCCAGGCCUUCCGCCGCUCCAUCGGCGUCCGCAUCAAGGAGGAGGCGGAGAUCAUCGAGGGCGAGGUCGUUGAGAUCUCGAUCGACCGCCCCGUCUCCGCCGCAGCCGCCGCCGGCAGCUCCGCGCCUUCCGGUGUCGCCGCGGCUGGCAAGACCGGGCGCCUCACGCUCAAGACCACGGACAUGGAGACCGUGUACGAGCUCGGCGGCAAGAUGAUUGAGGCCCUGGGGAAGGAGAAGGUGCAGAGCGGGGAUGUGGUUGCGCUCGACAAGGCCUCCGGGAAGGUGACCAAGCUUGGCCGCUCAAUCGGGAGGUCGCGGGAUUACGAUGCUGUUGGUCCUCACACCAAGUUCGUCAAGUGCCCCGAGGGCGAGCUCCAGAAGCGCAAGGAGGUCGUGCAUUGUGUCACCUUACAUGAAAUUGAUGUCAUCAAUAGCCGGACACAAGGUUUUCUUGCACUUUUCACUGGUGACACUGGUGAAAUUCGUGCAGAGGUUCGAGAGCAGAUUGAUACAAAAGUUGCUGAGUGGAGGGAGGAAGGGAAGGCUGAGAUUGUCCCUGGUGUUCUGUUUAUUGAUGAAGUCCACAUGCUAGAUAUCGAAUGCUUCUCCUUCCUAAACCGUGCAUUGGAAAAUGACAUGGCUCCAAUUCUAGUCAUUGCAACUAACCGAGGGAUCACAUCCAUACGUGGGACAAACUACCGAUCACCACAUGGGAUACCACCUGAUUUCCUUGAUCGUCUGUUAAUCAUCACGACACAGCCUUACACCGAGGAUGAUAUCCGGAAGAUCCUAGACAUCAGGUGCGAUGAAGAAGAUGUGGAAAUGUCUGCAGAUGCUAAGGUUUUGCUCACAAAGAUAGGAGUGGAGACGUCCCUGAGGUAUGCUAUCCACCUGAUCACUUCGGCUGCAUUAGCUUGCCAGAAACGCAAGGGUAAGGUUGUGGAGAUGGAGGAUAUAAGCAGGGUCUACCAGCUGUUCCUGGACGUCAAGAGAUCGACGCAGUACUUGAUGGAGUAUCAGAGCCAGUACAUGUUCAAUGAAGUGCCGGGUGAAGCAGGAGAUGAUGCCAUGCAGUCUUAGUGGGAUAUUGGUUACAGACUUUACGGUUGGGUUGGUUUUACGGUUCAUUAUGGAUACCCAUUGGUCUUCUAGAUGAAUAGGGGUAAGCGUAAGAUGACUUACCCUGACAAACAUUGCUCUGUGGGUGCAGUAAAUUGUGUUAGUGCUGUAGCUAGAUUUAAGAAUUGAAUGUAUCUUGUCUUCAUCCCGGUUUGGAGCAGUCUUUCGUAUGUGUUUUUUGCUAA